CUAGUAACUUAGCUAUGUUCCUGAUAAGCUGCCUGGUUGUGGCCUACCUGUUGAAGCUGGCUAGACACUACUACAGAACAUACUGGAGCCACCAGAGACUGGCUGCCAUACCUCAGCCCCCUAUUGACAGUAUUAUGAAAGGUCACACGACAACACUGAACAAGUGGAAAGAAAAGAACAAGCUGCUGGAUCUGUGGAUAGAGUGGCACAACACUUACGGAGACACUUUCGUCUUCUUCUUAUCUACUCGUCCUAUCCUGUGGACUGCUGAUCCAGCUUCACUUAAAGACAUCACUACUGAUUUAAAACACUUCUCUAAGUUUGAUGGCCUUCCUAAUAGAAGUCUCUACGGGCAAAGGUUGGUGGGUACAGAAAGUAUUCUAAGUGGUAAUGGACUCGGUUGGGCGUUGAAACGGAAAGUAAUGACACCAUUCUUUGCUAAAACAAAUAUGGAGGAACUUUACUACGCGUGUAAACCGCACAUGGAAGGUCCUGAGCUGAAGAGAUGGAAAGAAUUGAUAAAAGAUGGCAAGAAAGUAGAUCUGCACGAUCAGCUAGGCAUCACAUUCACUUCAUACCUCCAAGUUAUGGGGUUCCACAAUUUUAUGAACUCUGAACUGAUAGCAAAGAACGUGUUUAAGAUUCUGGAGGCGCUUCCUAAACAGCUGUCCUCGUGGCUCUCUUACCUGUGUAGUAAUGAUAAGGAGGAAACUGUUAAUAUGAUUCACGAAAUGAGAUCGGAAGCUAAAAAGGCAGCUAUGGAGAUACACCGACAAACAGUGAGAUACAAAAGAAAUGAACAAAGCAUGACAAAUAUAAAUAUGUUGGGCUUUUUGAUCGAGGCAAACAAUAAAAACGGGCAUGGAAAAAGGCGCAGUGUUGAUGACACUGUGACCUUCACUAUUGACGACAUUAUGACCAUUUGUCUGGUGAUGGAUAAUAUGGUGAAACAGAUUACUUCUUUGUUUAUGCUGCUCAACGAUGAGCCCGAGUGUCAGAGGAAAAUGUUUGCGGAGUUGAGAGAAACCUCCAUCGAUACUUUUGAAGGAUUAAACAGUCUGGAGUAUACAGAGAAGUGUAUUUUGGAGUGUUUACGUCUUAGACCGGUUCUAACCAGAGGAACAAGAUCGUACAAAUUUAAGAAUACUGAGGAAGGAAAGGUUGGCAACUACGUGAUAACCGAACAAGGAAUACGAAUAGUGUUCAGCGAGUACGUCCUCCACCACAGCCCAAAGUAUUGGGAGAACCCGGACAAGUUUAAUCCGGAGAGGUGGUUUCCUGGCUUCGUGCCAGAACCCUUCUCUUACAUGCCCUUCUUUGUGGGAGCUCGGGGCUGCAUUGGGAAACACAUGGCCAUGAUGAUGAUGAAAUUAACUCUGUCUGUGUUAGCCAGGAACUUUGAUAUGGUCCAGGACUUUGAUCCAAAAAAUAUGCCGGACUUCACCCAAGAAUUUGCUGUGAUGAGACUUAUCAACAAGGUCGAUAUGUGGGUUGAACCUUAUCAGCCUGAACAAGGAUGUUGAUGAAAUAACACACCGUGAAAUGAUACCUCGUUUGAUAUGUUUUCAUCAUUUGUUGGUGACCAUGAUACUGAUGUUUUAUGUCUCUGUUUUAUGAUUAAAUCUGUUUUUAGUUUUUACAUU